AUGGCGGCGGCGGCGGCGGCGGGCGCGGGCGCGGCGGGCGCGGGCGGCGGCGCGCGGGAGGGCGCGCGGGUGGCGGCGCUGUGCCUGCUGUGGUACGCGCUGAGCGCGGGCGGCAACGUGGUCAACAAGGUGAUCCUGAGCGCCUUCCCGUUCCCCGUCACCGUGUCGCUGUGCCACAUCCUGGCGCUGUGCGCGGGGCUCCCGCCGCUGCUGCGCGCCUGGCGCGUGCCCCCCGCGCCGCCCGUGUCCGGCCCCGCGCCCGGCGGCGCGCACCCGGCGCCCGGCCCGCUGCUGCCGCGGCGCUUCUACCCGCGCUACGUGCUGCCGCUGGCCUUCGGCAAGUACUUCGCGUCGGUGUCCGCGCACGUCAGCAUCUGGAAGGUGCCCGUGUCCUACGCGCACACCGUCAAGGCCACCAUGCCCAUCUGGGUGGUCCUGCUGUCGCGGCUCAUCAUGAAGGAGAAGCAGAGCACCAAGGUGUACCUGUCGCUCAUCCCCAUCAUCAGCGGCGUCCUGCUGGCUACUGUCACCGAGCUGUCCUUUGACAUGUGGGGCCUCCUCAGCGCUCUGGCGGCCACACUCUGCUUCUCUCUGCAGAACAUCUUCUCCAAGAAGGUGCUGCGGGACUCCAGGAUCCACCAUCUGCGGCUUCUCAACAUCCUGGGCUGCCAUGCCGUGUUCUUCAUGGUGCCCACGUGGGUCCUGGUGGACCUGUCGACCUUCCUGGUCAGCAGCGACCUGACCUCGGUGGCCCAGUGGCCCUGGACGCUCCUGCUGUUGGCCAUCAGCGGCUUCUGCAACUUCGCCCAGAACGUCAUCGCCUUCAGCAUCCUCAACCUCAUCAGCCCCCUCAGCUACUCGGUGGCCAACGCCACCAAGAGAAUCAUGGUCAUCACCGUGUCCCUCAUCAUGCUGCGGAACCCGGUCACCAGCACCAACGUCCUUGGCAUGAUGACGGCCAUCCUCGGGGUCUUCCUGUACAACAAGACCAAGUACGAUGCCCACCAGCAGGCUCGGAAGAACGUGCUCCCAGUCACAACGGGAGAUCUGAGCAGCAAAGAGCACCUCCUCAAUCCCCUAGAGAAGCCUCGCAACGGCGUGGGCAUGCUCUUCCCACAGCAUGGCCGGCAGAGCUACACGCACCCCUACAGCUCGGACCGCUACGACGUGUAGUCCUCCCCUCUUUGUGCCCCUGGACACUGUGUGGCCCUUGCGGACAGGACAGCAGAGGGGCUGCUGGCCCGCCCUCCCAAACUGGUGCUGCAGGGACACUCACCCCGUGCCCGUUGGUGGUGGCCAGUCCUCCUUCCCUCAGGAAUCAUGGUCAGUGUUCCCAACGCUACUUCCCUAAUCUGACUCUCCUCUCAUCCCCCCUGGGGGGGGCUCAGGUCUCCCCUGGCUCCCAGACAGGGCAGAGCUAGGAGCUCUGGCCUUUCUCAGGGGGCGUUUUGUGGCGUGUGUUUGUGUGUACGCGUGAGCUCACGACCCCAGGCACCUUUUAUUUGGAACCAUUUGAACUGUCUUGAGCAGGCCCCUGAGCCUGUGGGUACCUUGGAGGUCUAUAGUGAGGCCCCUGGGGUUGGGCCCUCUGGUCAGAGCGGGGACCAGGCUCUCUGGACGGCCCACAGCUCUGCUUCCACAGUAGGGUAGCACCCCUGGGCCCCACGGUUUCCGCAGUGUCUGGUCCUGGCCCUGAGGGCUGACCCUUUGCUGCUGACUGGGACAGCCCCAGGGAACGAAUCUGCUGGAGUCUCCCUUGAAUUUGCAGUGGACUUGGGGUACACCUGCUUGGUAGGGUCCCUGUCCCCUCCUGUGAGACAGGCUUUGCACACUGCCUUGGACACGUGGCCACAGCAAGGUCCCAACAAGAUGCCAGGACCGGUUUGCAGGCCCCUGGUGGAGUGGCACGAGGGCUAAGGUAAUGCAGGUGUAUGCCUCAGCCCCAGCCCCAAGCCAAGAGACAAAGUCCUGUUGGCAGGAGCCCCAGCUGGGCAAAACACAGAGGGCUUUCCUGGACGCUGGGGCCUACCUAGAAGAACCCGCUGAGGCUGAUGCUCCAGAUUGUGAAUCUGCAGUUCUGAGAGCCUUGGGCAGAAAAUGUGAACUCUGGGGACAUACAAUAAACCAGCUGUCAGCGACCGGGCAGUGACUUGG